AUGGCGUUGGAAGGUGUGAAAAGUGAAAAAAGUGAGGAAAACAACGGGAAUGUACAGGACGGAAAGGCGAACGGGAUCGACAACAAAAGUAAACAGAGUCAACCUCGACGUGAAAAACAGAAUAAUAAAAUUCUCGACAAGCAAACGAGGCGGCGCGACGACUCGGUCAGAACGGAAAACAAUAAACUUAGGCGGCUAUCGACUGAAUACUCGAAGUUCUUCGUGACCUUGAAGAUAUCCUGGCAACAUGACGUCAGCUAG